AUGUUCUUUUUAGUAUUCUUUCAGCGAGCUUCUGUACCAGGAUCAUCACAGGAGAGUCUUGCCAUGGCCUCGACAACUUCACCGCCUGAGCUGGGAAAGGUUCGAUUCCAGUACCCAUCCUCAGUUCCAGAGCUUCUCCAGCUGCUAGCCUCUGCCCAUGAGGCCCCAGGGCCUGUGCCAUUCCUUCUGCUACUGGACGGCCUGGAAGAAUACCUAGCAGAGGAUUCGGAGGCCCAGGAGGCCGCCUACGUGGCUGCAUUGCUUCUGGAUACUGCUGCCUACUUCAGCCGCCGCCUGGGAGCCAGUGGCAGCUGUGGGCUUGUGGUGGCCCUUGAGACCCCAAAAGAAGGAGACAGUGAUGCCCCACAUCUGACAUUGUUUCAGCGGUAUUUUCCUGCACAGUGCUGGGUGCAGCCAGAUGCCCUCAGCUUGGGAUGGCUGAGCCCCAGGAUGGAGUGGUCAGUGACCUUCUUACCCAAUGGAGAGAUGACAGUUAUCACCUGGCCUACACAGGCUUCUAAGCCCAGCCCAGAUAAAAAAGGUCCAAGUGCUGGAAGCCCGUCAUUAACUUUGGUGUGCGACAACCUCUCUGGUCCUCAGUUUCCCUUGGAUAGCAUACUUACUUCAGGGACAGGCGCAGAUUCAAAGACCUGAAAAGUGUAGUUUUUUUUCUUUGUAAACUAGCGUUGUUGGGGGCUGGCAAGGUGACUCAGUAGUUAAGGGGCCUUGCCAACAAGCAUGAUGGCCUGGCUUUGAUUCCCGGGAUCCACAUGGUAGAAAUCUAGACCUGACUCUUGCAAGUUGUCCUUUGACCUCCACGUUUGGGUAGAGGCACACACAUGCCCUCCAUGCUAAUAAUA